GGAUUGAUUUGAGCAACCACACCAGCAAGUUGGGAAAGUGGUUGAUGCCCUUAGUUUGAAAAACCCAUUCCAUAGUAACAACAAUCAAGAGCUGAUGGUUAGUUUUGCCGCAAAACUGGCAAGGGACUCGUCCUUGCUUGCUAAAGGUUUUGGAUGUUUGUUGAGAAUUUGACGGUGGAAACCAAGAUAGCUACUAUUGUCCAGGAGAGGACGAGGUUGGCCGUUGGAGAUCUGAAGAAACUGAAGGAACUUUUUGUUGGAAACUCCUGGCGGGUUCUUUCGAGGAGGAAAGGAUUUGCCGUGUUUGUUGGAAAACAUGGCAUAGGUGCCAGAUUCAGGUUGAACAACAUGAUGAUGAGAUGCCCGCAAGGCUUCAAUGUUGAGCAACUCUGAGUUUACAGAAGUUUCUCAAGGCAAAUGAGAAAAUGGUCACAAAUGGUGUGUAAGAAGGGUGGAGACCACUCACAAUAUAAAACAUGAGAUCAUCUUCAUCUCCUUUCUUUACCAAUUGCAGCAAGUUGGUUAGCAUAAGGGUCGUGUGUGGUAUAGACCUAAGCCAUGUAAGUAUUCAGAAUGAAGGAUGUCAGAACUCAAUGACUCCAUUAAUAUUAUUAUGAUGUUUCAAUAUACAGAGUUCAUAAGAGAUUACAUGAGUAAAAUAAAUACAAUGAUCUUUGUACAACUAAACAAAUAAUCUAUAAAAGUUAAAAAAGAACUAAAUGUAAUUUUCGUCAACAAUAGACUCUGGACAGUAUGGAGAGUCGAUUGUAUACUUGUGCUGAUCUUGAGGACUGAUAUGGCUUGGAUCUCGUGAUAUCCUCUGGUUGGAAGUAAGGCUUGAAUUCUGCACUGCAGGGUUAGUUGAGUUUAUAUCUUGAGUAUCAACCUGGUUAAGUACAAGAAGCCCUCUUUUGACAAGCUUCUACCUUCCAUAUGCUUCUCCCUGCAAAGGAUCCAUAUGGCCAACUGUAACACCUCAAGUGAAUUUUCUGUCCUGUGUACUUGAUUACCAGCUAAUGGGUCAACUUCUUAAAAACUCUUUGGAGAGAGAGAGAGAGAGAGAGAGAGAGAGAGUUUUAAUUAUAAACAGUUGCAAGUUGCCCUGCAGCGUGUGGCCCCUUUAUUUCUAUUUUAGACUCCGAGGUGCUUUGUAAGAGAAAUAAAAGCUGGCCCAGAAAAUAAGCACUAGAUGUGACCAGAGGUUCAAGACUUGAGCAGUACUCUUUUCUUGAAAUAGAAAGAGAGAGAUCAUGAAGAAGUGCGAGCUCUGUGACUCUCCAGCAAACUUGUACUGCGAGUCCGAUCAAGCUAGCCUUUGUUGGGACUGCGAUGCUCGAGUUCAUGGUGCGAACUUCCUGGUGGCCAAGCAUUCAAGAACACUUCUUUGCCAUGUCUGCCAGUCUUCAACGCCCUGGAAUGGCUCCGGACCAAAGCUCGGUGCUACUAUUUCGGUCUGUGAAAGCUGUGUGGAUAGCAAUGUUAAAAACGAGGCAGGAAAUGAAGGAAACGACCAUGAUCAUAACGGUGCAGAUGGCGGCGGCGACAGCGAUGAUGAUGAUCCCGAUAGCGAUGACAACUUUGAAGAAGAAGAAGAUGAUGAUGGUCAUGGGGAUGAUGAUCAAGGAGAUAAUGAUGAAGAUGAAGAAGAAAAUCAAGUAGUUCCAUGGUCUUCUACGCCGCCUCCACCAACUUCAAGUUCUUCAUGGAGGGGUAUACAUUAGAUUAAUGCAGGGUUUCAAACUCAAAAGUAGGAUGAUCAGGGUUGCCAGUUCUCUCUGCUGAGCCACAAGGAUAGCAAAACAGUGGUGACCAGCAGAUUUGGGAAUGCUGAAGCAAGCCAAGACCAAGAGACUUGCUGGAGAAAUUCUAUGGAAACACGGUUUAUAGCACCACUUCCAUCAGAUAUCAGGCAAAUUUAUUUAUUUAUUUUUAUUUUUAUUUUUUUUCUUAUAAUAAUGGAGGUCUUGGAAGCAAUUUUUGUAAUUAUGAUCAUUACCGUUUGAUCUUGGAUUGGGAACUUAGAAGUCUCUGCUCACUCAUGUGUCAAUGGAAUGUACUUCGUUGAACAGAUAUAGUUUUGAUUAAUUUAUUUGCUUUAGCUUAAA